GGUUGCAGCCGCCAAGCUCCAACGGUGGUGAGACAGCUUCAACAACGCCGGUGCAGCGAGUUCCAUGACAACUUGACGAUUUCGGACAACGACGUCCAGGUGCGAACACAUAGAAUUGCGGCUAGCAAUAGUCGCCGAUCGGGAUCAUUGACGGCGAUCAGUGGAAUUCAUAGGCUUGUUCAUUUGAGAUGGAAAAAGGGAACGAGAAUAUGGGAAAGGGAAAACAUGGGAUUGAGAAUGGUAGAGAUGAAGAGGCUACUGGGGGCUUUGAAGAAGUGAAUGGAGAAGAAGACAAACCGUUCUUUGAGCUUGGGAUGGUGUUCACUAAUAUACGCGAGGUAAGAGCAGCAGCGAACAAGCAUUCCAUAACAGAAUGCAAGGAUCUGAAGUUUAAAAAGAAUGAGGCUAAGCGAUUCAGAGCAGUAUGCAGGUUCAAAGGGUGUCAGUUUUUGUUCUUUGUCUCUUAUGAUAGGUCCAUAAAUCGACUACAACUGAAGACGCUAACUGAGCAUACUUGUUCUCAACAUUGGAGGAAUAGUAGGGUUAGAGCUGAAUUCAUUGCAAUGAAGUAUAAGAGAACCAUUAGGUGUAAUCCCCGAUGGAAGCUUAGGGAAAUGCGGGCAACGAUCAGGGAGGAUAUUGGCACGGAUGUGUACCAAUCUAUUUGUGCAAGGGCAAAGAAACUAGUGCUUCAGAAGACUCAAGGGUGCUAUGUAGAUGAGUUUGGUCUUCUUUGGACAUAUGCCGAGGAGAUGAGAAAAGCAGAUCCUGGA